AUGAGUUUAUUAUCUCCCUGGGGCAAUAAUUACUUAAAUAUGUGUCUAAGUAUUCAAUGUCACCGAGUAAGAAAGCAUACAAAGUGGUAUAGAUUUUGGGAUUUAAGACCAAAUUUUGUGUAUAACAGUAUAAAUGGUAAUGAGAGGCUAGUUCAAUGCGCAGAUUGUACUGGGUUUUUAAAAAAGGGGACUCUAUUUGGUGGGUUGUCAAUAUGUACACCAGAACAAUACGGAGGUGAAUUUGUUACACCAAAGGGGUGGGUAACUCUUGCCUCUGCAUCUGUACCAUUAAAUAGAGUUAUAAAAAAGAAGAGUUCAAUAGAGUUAAUACCAAGUGACUGGAAAUUUUAUGAUGAUAAAGCUACAACUACACUAAAUUUGGGUUUAUGUAGUGCAUUUGAUAAUAAGCGGACUUUAAUUGAAUUAUCAAUAGUAGUUGUAUUAGCUAAUAUUGGUAGUAUUACUAAAGAAACACCUAGACAUAGGAAGUGGUUUGGAUUAGUUGAUGAUUCAAUAAAUGUAAGAAUCACUACUAUAAAUACUGAACACUCAAAAUAUGAAGAAUUGGGUGAGAAUGAAUAUGAUAAACAUAAUAAAUAUCAUAAAUAUAAAAUUCCGGAUAAAUCACUUGGUGCUGAAAAAUUACCAAGGACCUGGCAAUUAAGUAAGGGUCAUGCUUCAAUGUACUCAUCUUCUGAUGUAAUACAACUUGGAUACUCUGGAAAAAUACACCCUAAUCAGAUAAUACAAGUGAUAUUAACAUGCAAUAAUGAUAUAAUGAACUGCAAUAUUAAAGAUUUCAUAUCUUGCUUUAGUGUAAUGUGUAGGCCAAUUACAACAGAUGAACUUAUACUCGAAGCUGCUGAGAAGAGUGCACAAAAUUACAUUUCAAAAUCCAUUGCUACUGGAAAUGUAAUUUUUCAAGGUAAUUUAAUACAAAAUACACCCCCUAAACCUCAAAUGAGAUUUUUUAAUCAGAAUAAUAUGCAUCAAGCAACUAUAGGUAAUAAUUCAUUAAUAGUUGCCUCUUCAACAAUAAAUGCAGGUCCCAAACAAUCUCAGCAGUUGUCAAAAAUUGGAGUGGAAUCUUCUAAAGGAGUUAAAAUACAGCCAUUUACUUAUAAAGUUGGUGGGUUUUUGGAUAAACAGCAAAUAGGAGCUAGGAAUUAUAAUCAAAUAGUACAGCAACCUAAACUAACUCUUAAACAAGAAUUAGUAACUCAGAAUAAUCCAAAUAUUAUAAAGAAUUUGUCAGUAGUAGCUGAUAAACAUGUUUUGAUAGGAAAUCCAUAUGUUACUCAAAAUAAACAAUCUAUAACAGUUGAUAAGAAACCUAACAAUAUUCAAGCUGUGACUAAGAAACAAAGGAUUAUACAAAAACAGCCAAUUGCCACUAAUAAAACGGCCUUAACUAAGAAAUUAGUACUUUUACAAAGUCUUCCUAUUAUAGUUGAAAAGAAGCCUGCAAUUGUAGUAGAUAAGAAACAACCUAUUGUAAUUGAGAAGAAACCUUCCAUUUUAGAAAAGCAAGAGAAACCUAUAACUGAGAAUAAAUCAGUUAUUUUGCAGAAGCACCCUAUUAUGGUUCAGAAUUUGGUUGUUGAAAGGAAACAACCACUUAUAUUUGAAAAGAAAACUUUAAUUAAAAGACCUAAUAUUAUAAAGACACCAGUUGUAGCUGAAUUACUUGAAAAAGAAAAUACUCCUAAAGUAUUUUUAAAGCCUAGUAUUAGUAUAGCUCCUGUUGAAUCUAGAAAUUCUUCCCCGAAGAGAAUUAGCAUUAUAAAAGGUAGCGAAUUUCAGCCUGAGAUAGUUAAAUUAGAAAAUCAAUCUUUUCUAGAGAAAUUAGCUGAAGCCAAAGCCGACUCUACUUCUCUUAUAGCUAAACCAGUUUAUUUGAUUCCUCUUAAAUCUAGUAAAAAGGAAGUAGUUCAAAUGCUCAAAGAUGAAAUAGAGUAUAGUGGAAAUAGCGAGGCAGACGAAGGAUAUAUAAUCAAAUUAAAGGAUAAAUCCUCAAAGCUUGAUAUUGAAGAGAUUUUAGAUCCUAAUACAUUACAGCAAAGUGAUUCUUCAGAGACUGAAAGUUAUUCAAAAUAUUUAGAAUUAGAAUAUCCAACAACUAAGGAAGAUCAAAAUAUAAAUGAGAGCAAGAAAUUUAAACUUUUGGAUAGAGAUAAAUAUAUAGCAAAUUACGAAAGUAAAGUAUCAGGAAACAAAGAUAAUAAUUUUAUAUGGGAUCCUGAAGUUAUCUCAUAUGAUUGUGAUACUAAUCAAAUGAGUGAAGUUCUUAGUAAUGAGAUCCCCUCAUCAGAUUUUAUUUCUAAUGAAGAGUCUCAGCUAAACAAGCUGUCAGAUUGUGACAGCUCGUCAUUAUCGUCAGAAGUGAAGGAGUCUAAGAUGCAAAUACCAAUCAAAGGUCAUAUAGAAACACACCCAACUGCAAAGGUUAUCUUUGGCUACUUACUACUUGGCGGAGUCAUAUUAUGUAUAGUUCUUGCAAGUUAUAGUAUAUAUAUAUGUUAA